AUGGAGACCUCCGCAGCAACCCCGACCCGGCCGCCCCACCCGGCGGCCGCUUCCCCAUCGCCGUCGCCCUCGUCGUCGCUGAGGCUGUGGAGGCCAGUGGCGCAGCGCAACGUGCGCAACCAGUGGUCGCAUCUGAGGGCCGCCAAGGACCAGUGGCUGGCCGCCGUUGCUGACGGCCGCUCCCACGCCUCCGCGCUCGUCAACACCCACCUCUCCCGCAGGAACAUGCCGGCGACGGAUUUGGGGGUGCUCAAGGACAUGCCGGGGAUCCGCGAUAAAGCUAACUCCAAGUUGGCACGUAGAGAGGAGCAAUACAGUGGCAUGCUUCUGAAGGCCUACAAGGAGAUGGUCCGUCAGCUAUCCUACUUGGUUAAAGCUUCCCAUUCUAUGCGCCGUUUUUCCAAAGCGACUCCAAAUUGUUCCAUCAUGCAGUUUUCUGACUGCCAAGAUGAUUUGAAUGAUUCAGGGGAUGGUGGAGGAGCGCCAGUAUUCAAAUGGUUCUCCAUAUUAGAAUUUGAGAGUCUUGCCCAGGAGUUUGUUGAGAUGUUUGUUUCAGAGCAAAAGUUGAAGAGGCUGCUACUCUUGGGAUUUUUCUCGAUUACUUUAAACGAAGGUGUAGAACAUCAGACAUCAUUAGAUUGGGGUGAUGAGCUAUAUGAUGGUGAAUGA